CAACUCUGUAUUUUAUAGCGGCAAUCUCAAAUGUCAUUUGAAAUGUUUGCGAUCACUGAACAUACACAACCGGCACGGAAUACGAAAUAGAAGCAAAAAACAUAAAUUCCAUAUGAAAUCAGCGCGGCUGAAUAUAAUUUUUAACAAAAAUCUUAUAAAAGUAAUAAGAUUUGCAUAAAUUCGCAUAAUUUGUAAUUGAAGUAAAUAAAUUGUGAAGUUAUUACAUAUGGAGUGGUACGAAAUUGAAGUAGAUGGUGGACGCACUGUCAAAUUCUCGUCCAGAGUGCAACAUCCGGGCGCUACACAGCACCGAGAUCAAAAACAAUUGGAACAGAACAAUAGUGACGUAGUGUCUGAUGAAGAUUGUUCAGUGCCACAACAAGGAGGGAUCAUAAAACGAGGUACAUGGUGUUGGCUAUCUAGUGGUAAUGAAUUAGAAAUUAGAGCGCUACGUACUGGACAAAUAAUUGCUACUUACGGAUUUGUGGAAACACGAGGCUAUGACAGCUGUUAUAUUCGUUGUGUAGAGGAAUUAUUUCCGCUUAAUAACGAGAAUGUUCUUUUGGCUGUAUGUUUGGAAUGUUUUCGUGCAUCUGGUCCGGGUUGUAGCUUUAUAGCAAUAUAUUCCAUAGAACAUAGUCAUGUGCUGAGCUGUAUAGAACUGCCACUACAUAUUACCGCCGCAGCUUUUAUAAGUGAAAAUUGUUGUCGACGGUCGCUAUUGCAAAAUUUCGAUGGUUGCCUUGCCGUUGGCAGUGAAGAAGGUGUUAUUUUAUUAUUGGAUUUGAAUAUCAACAAAAUAUUAAACGCAUGUGAUGAGCGUAUAAAAGCGCCAACUAGACAAUUAACUGAUGAAAUAACGGUAUGUCAUUUAUCGGACUAUAAUUUGCCGCUUGCCGAGAUACAUCGGUCUUUUCAAAGAGCGCGUAAUGAUGGUGUACACUUUGGAUUACAAGUAGAGGUCAUCGACACUCCUUGCACUGUUCAAUGCUUACUGCCCAUUGACUUGUCCCUGGGUCUGGCCAUCGGCCUGGAAGAUGGACGUUUGGCCUUUUACGAUUUGGCUGAAAUGCAGAUAAUACACAUAGCCACGCCACAACCAGAACAAGCAAUCGCCCCAAUAGUAAAGUUAUCCUAUCUAGAACCUUUGGACGAUCCACGACAUUGCCUUUAUAUCUGGGCAAUGCACGAGAAUGGCGACAGUUUGAGCGCGGUACUGCAUACGCUCAUCUAUGAGAAACGUUUGGCGGAAAAGGAUGGCUUCUACUACUUCGAGUCGUUCCUCACAAGUACAAUACGUUUACAACUACCGUUGGAAGCCAGCAAAAGUAUCGCCAUGGGUUGUCAGUCAAUUAAUAAAAUUCAAAACACCAAUCUGCAUAAUAAUGGCGCUAAUCUCAAUACGACACAAACAGAUGAAGAUGGUUAUUGCUUAUGUGCGCUCACCUGGUUUUCUACGCAAGAGGAGAAAAAUAAGUUACUUAUAUUUGAUUUGAAUCAAUGGUAUAAAGAGGAAAUGCCAUUUAGUAUUACGAAUCAGAAAUAUCCCAGUUAUUUAGCGGGUUACGUGUUGAGUGGGCGUCAACGUGCGCUUAGCGCUUAUCUUAAUCCCAGCACUGUGGCGCACUUCAAUUCGUUGCAACGCUUCGAAGAGCAUUUCUAUCCCAAUUCGCUUAGUUUCGAUUGUCUACUCUUACUACCGGACAGCUCACUUGGCUACACCUGGAUUGGUGCACAAAAUAAAAUCAUCAAUGUGUUGCGUGCCAGUAAUUCGAGUAUUUUUCUUGAGCCGGAUAUGUAUUUUAGAGAGAUUCUGCGUACACGAUUAUUACCGCAAUUUUCCGAACUAAAUGUGGAUUCCACUUUCUCGCGGCUCGCCAUUUUUGAAACAAUUCUAUCGGUCGCUUUGGAACACAAUUGUUUCAGUCUACUUCGCGAUUGUGCUAAAUGUUGGGCAGACGGCAGUUUCAUGGGUUGCAACUUCACGGCCACCACCGGUAUUUCGCUUUCUACACUCACCAAUUGGAUUUGGAAACGUGCCACCAACAUUAAGGCACGUUGCAAUGACCUUUCAAAGGGUCUAUUCGAUUAUGCCGGUUUUCCAUUGGAUCAACGUGAGCAGAAAGAGUUGGGCUUCUUGACGCGCCAGCUGAAACGCUUAGGCGAUUUGCUCAAUGAGGUACUAACCACAGGCAAACGCUAUAUACCCGAUAACGUUUACCUCAAGCUCGAAACGCAACACAAGUCAUUGAAAAUGGCUUCCGAGUAUCAAGAUGUGUUGCUCUGGUUGCUGAACAUUGGUUUACUACCGGAAAUGCAGCAAAAUCGUAACAAUUUUAGCCUAUACAAACCGUAUGGCAAGAACAAGGUUGUCUACAAGGCUAACCAGUCUAACACAAACACCAUACAAUAUCCUUACGAUGAUUUGAAGAAUCUUUAUGCGCGUAGGCGUGAUUUCUUCGCACGCAGCAAUGAAAAUUUUAUCUCAAAGAAGACUGGAAGUUGUCGUCUGCUCUUCAUCGAUGCGCUUAUAGCACACGAAUGCAAGGGCGAUGGUUUGCGCGAAUGUUGGCUGGAGAAUGGUGGCACUGGCCUCUAUCCACCACCAUCCAUUGAAGCAAUGCUACGCGUUAUGCUUGUGCCGGAACUGGAAUUUGAAAGUAAAUGUGCCAUUUUGUUGUACUUCUUUUUGGAUUUACACAUGACCAUUGACGAACAGGCGCAUAAAGAAAUAGUCGAGAGCUUUGUAAAAUUUCCAAGCGUUUUCAAGCUGACUGCCACAUUGAUUAAGACGGUGCAAUCGCUUUGGAAUUUGGACCAUGGCUUAUUUCAGCCCGCCGUCGAUGAGUUCAUAUCGCCCUUCAACAACAAUCAAACGUAUAGCCAGUGGAUGCUGGAACUACUCAUCGAAUCGUUGCUAACGCAGAAUGCCUCACAUUUUGCCUUGCGUAUACUCGAAGCACGUCCCACUCUAAUUUCACCCAUACUCAAAUUGAAGACACUGCUUGCAAAUGAGCUUAUUUCGGAAGCUUUUCAUUUUGCGCGCACCAAACAGGAUGACACACUGCUGGAGCUCUUCUUCAAAUGUUGUCUCUGCGCCGGCAAGUAUGGCGUCAUACGAGAUUUGGCGCUCAAUGAACGAGAAGGACAAUUGGUGCAGCGCAUAUUGCGCAGCAGCAAAACACACGGCGCCGAAAAUUUGCAUUUCGUUUAUCUGCUGCAAAAGUCCAAAUAUAUUGAGGCUGUUUCCUACAUGGAUGAGCUGUCGCGUACGAAGACGUUGCGCAGUCACUACGGCAACGAGAGUAGCAUUGCAGGUAACACUGAUACGCCAAACUUGGUGCUAUCCGCCUUCAACACAACUAUGGCGCCGGUGACGCAAGGUUUGACCGAUGUCUACUUUCGCAUUAAGAAUAAAAUCAAGAAAAAGGAAACGGACAAUUGUUCGCCUGUGCCGCUAAGCUGUCAAUUGAUUAAGCAAAAUGCCAAUAAUUUGCUAGGAGGCAUCUAUCACAGCUCCGCUUUGAGCGCACACUUUGCCACUUAUUAUUGGGGCGAAAUUGAUAAUGAACGCCGUGAACGCAAUGAAGCGCCGCUUAACUCGCUGCUGAGUGCAAAUAAUGCGCCAUUCCUGCGCAAACCACAAGUAGACAGCUGUUAUUUACCGCUAGAGUUAGCUGCACAGACUGGCGUUUCAUAUCCGCAGCCGUACAGGCUGACCGAAAAGCGUACCCUAGUGGAGCGCGAGCUAGAACAAGCUGACGCGACAGAAGAGCUAACGAAUAUUAUGUUAAAUACGACUGCGCAACCGCGUAAACGUCGACGUUUGCUGGGUCAGGAAAUCAUAGAUGACUUGGGUCACUUCAUGCAGAUGAACAAAUCGGCGCAACAACUGACAGCACGCGGUUUUGAUUUGAAGCGCGCUGACGAUACACAAACGAAAGUGUGCGAACCAGCUGUCGUCGCUGCUACGGAUUAUCUCACGCAGCCGCUGAGCACACCGCGCCGACAUUUGGCGACUUGUGACGAAAGACGUGGAGAUGUGUCUGCUACUUCGGAGUUGCACAGCAUACUGAAGACCAGUAAUACGCCAGAAAGGAGUGUGCGUGCGCAAAGUGCACGCAGAGAACUGCACACAGCAAUGGAUGAAAUCAAAAAUUUGCGUUUCAAAUUACCGGCCACCGAUAUAGUGGAAGAGAAAGAAGACGCGGCAGCUGAAACGCGUGAUAUUACAAUGCCACAAGAAGAAAACGUAAGCUCUGUUAGUGGAAUUCAUAAAGUUCAGGAUGAAGUUGUACGCAAACGACUUGUAGUAACCACGACAACAGUAGACGACGAAGAACUUGUUAAAACGAAUGAAACAGCUGUUAAGAUAGCUGAAAAAACUACGGAAUCAACACAAGAAGAUGUCGUAAUGGACGACGACGACGACGAUGCAAUGGAUGAAUUGCUCAUAGAGGUGCGACAUGAAAGACCACCAACAGUUGCACACUCUCCAGCUAAACUUAAAUCAGUUGCACGUGCCGUCUCUGUGGAGUCCAAUGCUUCGAAAAGUACUAAUCAUUCCGUGGAUGAGGUUGACGAUGAAGAAGAGGAUUUCUAUUCACCUUUGUCGUCGCGUAAUAAUUCUUUGCUAAUGGAUAGUGUGCGUUCACCGCAUACAACACAACUUAGCACAUCAAUUAGCGCAGCUUUCGAAACGGCGUCAACAAAAUUAUUACGCUUUAGUGGACCACAACCGCGUAAACCACUUUCACGUCUCUCAGCCGAACGUAGUCAAAGUCGUACGCCCGAAAAGCCGACGCCUGCAGAAGCGGUAAGAGAGGCAAACGACGUACAGGAAGAAAACAAAGCUGAAAUUCAAAAAUCUACGCAGCAAAAUGACAUUGAUAAGCAAACAAGCAGUGGUUAUGUAAGCGCCAGUUCUACGAGUAUCUCAAAAACUAACAGCACUUGUAUGGUCGACAAACCGAGUUUUCAGAUCACAACCGUUAUGUCUUUAGCUAGCAGUGACUUUGCGCCACACAGCUCAUCAUCGAAAAUAGCCGCUACACAGUCAAACUUCAACUUUGAAGACCCAAAGCCACAGGCACACCGUGGCAAGCUCUCAGAAUGCAGCACAUUGGUUGGAAGCUUCAGUAUGGAGGAAAGCGCGUUUGUAACAGAAGCGAACAAAGUUGUUGAAGUCGUAAAGCACACACCAUUGCAGACGCCACACGUGUACGCGCAACCAAAAACCGUAAACCAUUUACAGGCCAAUACUACGCUAGGCAUGAGUUCAUACGAAUUUACAAGUGCCGAUGUCAAAUCACAGCAAACGCCGUACACUACAAGAACAGAAGUGGGCAGCGACAAGCAUAAGGCAGCAAUCUUGAAAGUUAUGGAAACAGUUGAAGUGAUGGACAUGUAUGAGCCAAUAGCGGAAUCCCAAAACGAUGCGUAUGCAAUCAAUUUUCAUAAAAAGGAGCAAAGCCAGAGCGGUCAAGCUGGAAGUGUUGACUCAGUCGCCGCCACAACUGAGUGUGACUUAUACACAGCUGCACUUGGUUUGCCGACGCAGCAGCAUACAGCAGACGUGAAUAUUGAUGAUAGCGAAGAUUCGAAUGAUGUGGUUGCUCUGUAUGAGAAUAAAACCGAAGCAGCGGAGAAGCACAGAAUUAAACAAACCGCCAAUGAUAGUGACAGUGAUGUUAUUAUCUUAUCGUCCGCGCCAUCAUCGCCGAAUAUACAUGGCGAUCAAGCAUUUGACUCCGAUUCUGAAAGUGAUGACGAUGAGGACGAAAAUGAGUAUGGAGACGAAGGAGAAGAGGAAGACGAAAAUGAUGAUGAAAUGCGAGAACGUAUAUUUAGCAAAGAUGAGAGCGAAACUUCAAGUUCGUCUAUAGAAAUUAUUGAGGAGAGUAACAGCAGCGCAGGUAAUAAAGUCGUGGAGGAAGAGGACAACGCAUCAAUAACAGAAGCGCCAAUAACAGUAAAAGAGCAUGAGGUAGUUGUCUCCGUUGUAAUUGAAGAUGAAAACGAGCAUUUCGAAAGUAAUGCAUAUGUUGGAGCGGAAACUGUAACGCAACCAAAAGAACUUAAUAUGCCACUUGGUCAUGAUGCCAGCAAUGAAUCGUCUCUGCAUAGCAUUUGCGUAUCAGUGGAAAGUGAAAGCCGAAUUGUCAUUGAGGAUGCCGCUUCGAGCUUUGCUGAUUACGAAGAGCUAGUGAUGCGCGAAACUGUUUUAUUUGAGAAGUCCAACGAUGGAGAUCAGACGCUGUCUUCUAACAACCUAGACUUGGGUUCGUCAUACUUUAGCAAAAGCAUAAUUGCACAGACGGACGGCGAGAUUUUAAUUGAAGAGCUGAAAGUGAGCGCUUAUAACGCAAGCUCGAAAGAAGUUUAUGAAGAUCUUGGUGAUGAUGUGUUUUACUGCGGCGCUGAAACAACAAAUGAAAGCAUUGAAACUAACGAGUUGAUUGAAACGGAGAGGUUAGAUGAAGUAGCCAGCACUUCUGCCGGAAUCGUAAAGCAAAUAGUCGAAAAGCCAGUCAACGAGUUGAGAAGCGGCGACGAGCCCAAAGUCGAAGUAGCUGUAGCAGCUGGCUCUAAAAGUGCUGAAAAGGCUGAGAAAAUAAAAGAAGAAGCAUCAAUAUUUGAGACACCAGGCACUGGCGCUGUAAAAGAAGAUGACAAAGACGAAUUAGAGGUUGAAGAGGAGCAAUUAAAUCUGCACGUAGAAGAAGAGCUCAGUGAGGCUGAAUUAAUAGAAUUGGAGGUAAACGCAACAAACAAUACUACUGGAGCAAAUAUAUCUACGACAGUGGAGAAAGAAAAUGUGUUGGAUACAGACUCUACUAAACAUGAAAUUGAAGCCACAACUGUGCAAUCAGUAGUUGAAAGUCAACAAGAGUCAACACAAAUUUUAAAAGCCAAGCAGCUUGAAGAAAAACAAGCAAGUCAAUUGGAACAUAUUGAAAAACAAACAACGCCACGCAAGUCCCCCGAACACACCGAAAAGUCACUGGAUUCCACACAAACGUCAAUUAAAGUGGUUUCGCUUAAGCGUUCACGUCUAAACUUACGUUUAGAAGAAAAUGAAACAGAAAAGCUUUUGUCUGCCCCUACGCACAACCGACACAGCCGUCGCGGCACUUCUGUACCUCUAGCUCCGGUAGAAUCCGCGGUCAACACACCGCUUGACGAGGUUAGUACCCCGCGUCGGCACACGCGUGGUAUUUCAAUGCCACCGCAGAUCACUGCACAACAAGAACAGGAAGCUACAGUACAUACGCCAAAUAUAAACGAAAGUCGACGACGCACUCGCGCAAACUCAGUACAACCCAGUGAAGAUAACGGGUCACAGCCAGACACGCCGCGCACUCGUCGCAGCAUUCGUGGAGUAUCAGUGCCACAUGAUGUCGAUGAAACGGCCAGAAGCAACACACCUGUGCGGACCGCACGCGGAACUUCAGUGCCACCAGCGGCGACAAUUGUUACACGUCGUCGCUCAAAUUUGCUCGAAGCCAUCAACGAAAGUACACCAGUAGUGGACUCACCAUCGGCACGUACACGUUCACGCUUACGAUUGAAUUCGGUCGAGAGCGAAUUGGACUCGUCGAUUGUGAGCGGUGGUGAGCAGGCGCCGCAAACCAAACGAAAACGCCGUUCUUCAGUAUCAAGUAGCGUUUCAGAGCAACCAACUACACCGAGCAGCAGACGUACACGACGUAGCAAUGUAGUAGCUGCUGCUCCUGCUGAAUCGACAGAGGGUUCUACCGAAGUUGGUACACCUAGAAGCCUGCGGCGAACAACACGAAGAAUGAGUGUUAAUACAGAUAAUCUAGAUGAAACGCAACCGCUAGAAGAGCACGAACAUGAAACUGGUGAACCGUCAAAGUCCAAUAAGACUGCAACUGAAGCAGCAUUAUAUUCGUCGGCGCGACGUUUGACACGCACACAAUUGGCUGUAAUGGAGAAGUCGGCGGCACUUAUUAAAAAUACAACUGUCGAAAGUUUGCGUAGUGGAGUUUCAAUAUCGUCCCCCACAAAUAAGCGGGUCAGUAAGCGGCGCAGCUCACGUUCUACCGUGCCGGAUAGUGAUGAUGUCGAAUCGAUUUCAUCGCACAUAAGCAAUGCUUCUGGUGCACCGAAACGCCGUGUGACGCGUAGCUCGGUGAAGGACAAAGAGGACAAUGACGAUGAGGUGAGUGUUGCGAGCUCAGUUAGUGAAAGUACAUCUAAGCGGCGUUCGAAAGAGUCUAAAACUCGGCCGAAUACUACUUUGCACUAA